GAUCGGGAGUAGUCUGCCCUUGGUACGGGACCGGGCGUAAACAAAAACCCCCGUGAUCAUCGCCGCGAUCUCAAAAAAGGCAAGAUUUGAAAUGAAAUAAGUAGUAUUUGUAAUCAAAACUUAUAUUUGUAUCAACAACUAGGUUUACUUGAAGUAUGGAAUCGAAAAUAUCAUAAAAAUAAACCCUUGUUUACGAAUAAACAGCCAAAAACCGUAAUUUUUCACGGUUGAGUGCGGCGUACACAAAAUCACACCCUGAAAAAUGUAAAUCGACGAUUACUAAAGUUGUAGGUAUUAUUUCCAUUUUAUUUUAAAUGUCAGAUUUUGGAAAUAUAAAUCUGGAUUUACAAGAAAAACAUGAGAUUUAUUCAUUAAGUCGUUGUUGAGAAAAAAAUUAAUAUCUAUAUUCCUGGUACGGGGAUCGGGUCCGGGACCGGGUGCGGCGUACACGAAAUCACGGGGACCCUUUUUAUACCGGCCCACAGGACCUUUUCUGUUCGACGCAGCGAGAAUCUUUCUUGACCCAUGUGAUAUUGCGCACAUCUAGGCUAUCAGAAUUCCACAUCAACAAUAAUAUGGCUUCCACAACAGAUGCUGAGGUUCGCGACAGUGUCAAGGAAUAUUACGGAAAGAGACUUCAGACUGUGGAUGAUCUUCAGACUCAGGCUUGCGUGGCUCCAGGAAGAAAGAUCACUAGACCCGUGAAAGAGGCCAUUGAACUUGUUCAUGAAGUUGUUGCUUCAAAGUACUAUGGAUGUGGGCUGGUUAUCCCAGAGAAACUUGAAGGGAUGAAGAUUUUGGACCUUGGCAGUGGCAGUGGACGUGAUUGCUUCGCCCUCAGCAAGUUGGUUGGCCCCACAGGUCAUGUGACUGGCGUAGAUAUGACUGAUGAACAGAUUAAUGUUGCGCGUGAACACAUCGGAUACCACACCAAGAAGUUUGGGUACACAAAACCAAACAUUGACUUUGUGAAGGGUUAUAUAGAGAAACUCACAGAAGCAGGACUGCCAUCAAACAACUAUGACAUCAUCAUCUCCAACUGUGUGGUAAACCUGUCCCCAGAUAAGAGGGCGGUUCUACAGGAAUCCUACAACGUCCUCAAGGAAGGUGGUGAGCUCUACUUCAGUGAUGUUUAUGCUGAUCGAACUUUAGAAGAAUCUGUACGCAAACAUAAAGUAUUAUGGGGUGAGUGCAUUGCGGGAGCUCUGUGGUGGAAGGAACUCCAUACCCUGGCUAGUGAGAUAGGCUUCAGUAAGCCCUAUAUGGUCAGUGUUACUCCAGUCCCUGUGGACCGAGAGGAUUUUAAGGCAGUUUUAGGGGAUGCAAAAUUUGCAUCGGUGACCUAUCGCUUGUUUAAACUGCCGACCAAAAAGUGUGAGGCUACCCAGGUGAUAUAUAAUGGAGACAUACCUGGGUAUGAGGAGGAGUUCACCUUUGACUACAAAACUAAACUUAAGACCAAUGAUAUCAACUCUGUAGACGGUACCAUAGCAACAGCCCUCAAGUCUUCCAGGUUUUGUGAAGAGUUUGAUUUCCAACCACCAGUCAAGAAAUCUUGUGGCACAUCUGACAGUUGUGUAGACUCCAAGCCUGAAGAUCCAUUUGUGUACCUGGAAGAGAAAAGUAAGAGAGGAGAAGCGGUUGCACCACCCCAGUGUUGUCCACCCAGCAAAUGUUGUUAGAGUCAGGAACUACAAUAAUUAGUUUAGAGGAGCAGCACAUGUUAAUCAAUUGUAAUAAAUUAAUUAUUGUUAAUGAUCAAUUAGAAUGAAAAACAUCGCAAAUUUCUAAUGUAUGUAUAUGUGUAUUAAUCAGAAAAUAGGUUUGUUAGGAAAUGAUAGUCACUGUAGUUACAAUUGUGUAUCUUUUGAACAAUCCUUUGUUUAUUUGAUGGUGUUAAGAUCUGCAGAUAAACUGUAAGUCCCUGAGGCUGGCAGUUAAGCUGCCUGCUGGUGGACUGUAUGGAGUCCCCUAGAAUUUCCUUUACCCUGUUGGUGGACUGUAUGGAGUCCCUGAGAAUUUCCAUUUACCCUGUUGGUGGACUGUAUGGAGUCCCCUAGAAUUUCCGUUACCCUGCUGGUGGACUGUAUGGAGUCCCAGAGAAUUUCCGUUACCCUGUUGGUGGACUGUAUGGAGUCCCCGGAAAUUUCCUUUACCCUGUUGGUGGACUGUAUGGAGUCCCAGAGAAUUUCCAUUUACCCUGUUGGUGGACUGUAUGGAGUCCCUGAGAAUUUCCAUUUACCCUGCUGGUGGACUGUAUGGAGUCCCAGAGAAAUUACGGUACCCUUAUUCAGCAUUUACAAUGCAUGUAUUUACCAUACAAUUUUAUCUAUUUCUAAAGUCAUGCGUGUAUUUAUAAGUUUUCUGUAUUUACUAUACAAUUGUAACUAUUUCUAAAGUCAAACAUGUAUUUUCGGUAUGUUUUCGGUAUUUACCAUACAGCUGUAUCUAUUUCUGUAUUGAAAGGUGCCAUACAUUUGUGUCUUUUGUGCAGCGGUCCCUGUGUGUGAAAUGACGUGUUGCCAUCAAGUGGAAAUAAUUAGUGUAUCUUACCAUAUCAACAUGCUAGGGUAUAUUUACAUAUCAAUACCAGCAUUGUGUCCCCAAACAAUACACUGUCGUAGACAGUCAGGUGCAAUAACGCCUGCUUUUGUCCAAUUAUUUCUAUAUACAAAUGUACCAUCAUAACUGAUCACAUAAUUUUUAACCACAUAAGAAAAAACUACAGCUGAUGUCUCCAGAAGACUUAAUCAACUAAUUUACACUGAGUAUCAUUAAAGUGACCCUGAGGAAUAUAACAAAGUGCCACUUCUUGGCACAAACUACAUAAUUAUGUAACCAGAUGUUCAUAUACAUGUAAUUUUUGUCACAUUUUUCAUAUCGAACUACAUAAUAAGUAAUUAUUCAAAAAGCAUUAUGUAUUUGUUUCUGAUGUGAUUUAGCAUUUUUUAACCGUUUAGCAUUUUUAUGAGAAUUCAAAAUAAUUUGACAUUCUCAAAGAAUGUCACCAUGAUCUACAAUGUAGGUGUAUGGAAGCGAAUUAUCUAUUUCACACCAAGUAUGUUCAUUUAUAAUCAAAAUAGAUGUAAGAUGAUUUAAUUUAAUGGCAAUGUUUAUGUCUUUAUAUUGUAAUACCGUCAUGUUUGAACUACAGAGUCUAGCACUUCCUGGAUUUAGUUUAUCCGUUUCAGGAUACAUAUUUGCAGUGCAAAGAAUUCUUGCCUUUUUCAUUAGAUAAAACGUUGUUAAUCAUGUUCAAUUUGGAUGCCAGUUAUGAUUAUCUUCAACGAAAUCAAUAAAAUACGUUGACCUAUA